UAUUAGGUCCAUUUUUUUUAUCCGAAUCGCCAAUCAUUCCCAUUCCAAUUUCCAAGCAACCACCACCUUCCUACCUCAUCGGAAGAGAGCAUAGGGAGUCGCCGGGAAAAUGACGAUUUCAGCCGCCGCCGGCAUCUCCCUUUUAGUUCCACUCCUCAUCGUAGCUCUCUCCACUGCCAACACAGUGAGCUCCGGCAGGCCAGAUAUAGCCGACAAUGUCAUCCAGCUGCCUUCAUCCGCUUCCAGGUUUUUCCGCUCCGGUGGCGUUGACGAUGAUGCCGAGGUCGGGUCGACGGGGACAAGAUGGGCGGUGUUGAUCGCCGGAUCCAAUGGAUACUGGAAUUACAGACAUCAGGCUGAUGUCUGUCACGCCUACCAGCUUCUGAAAAAGGGUGGUCUGAAAGAUGAAAACAUCAUUGUUUUCAUGUAUGAUGAUAUUGCCAAUAAUGAAGAGAACCCGAGGCCUGGAGUCAUAAUCAACAGUCCACACGGUGGCGAUGUUUACAAAGGCGUUCCAAAGGAUUAUACCGGGGAAGAUGUGACCGUGGGCAACUUCUUUGCUGCUAUCCUUGGCAACAAGUCUGCUCUGACUGGGGGCAGUGGUAAAGUUUUGGACAGUGGUCCAAAUGACCACAUUUUUAUCUACUACGCGGAUCAUGGAGGUCCUGGAGUGCUAGGUCUGUAGAUCUCUACUUUUGAAGCCUUGAAAUUGGAUGAAUGAUCUCUUGUUCUCUCUCUCCCUCUUUUGCUGUUAUCUUUUUAUUUUUAUGAAUUGCUGCAAUCGUUUUGAAGCCUUGAGAUUUGGCCACCUUGAAAUUUACAGGGGGUUGUUGACUUGUUUCUUUUGCCAUCUGUCUCUUGGUUAAUGGUAUGUCUCUGAAGGUGUCUGCUGCUUCUUUGAGAAGUAGUCAAUUUACUUUUAUUUCAUCUUCUUCUCAGGAAUGCCUACCAGUCCUUAUCUGUAUGCCGAUGAUCUGAUAGAUGUUUUGAAAAAGAAGCAUGCUUCUGGAACCUAUAAAAGCUUGGUCUUCUAUCUGGAAGCAUGUGAAUCUGGAAGUAUAUUUGAAGGCCUUCUUCCAGAGGGCUUAAAUAUUUAUGCAACCACUGCUUCAAAUGCUGAAGAGAGCAGUUGGGGAACUUACUGCCCUGGAGAUUAUCCUAGUCCACCUCCGGAAUAUGAAACCUGUUUAGGCGACUUGUACAGUGUUGCUUGGAUGGAGGACAGUGAUGUACACAAUCUCCGGAGGGAAAGCCUGCACCAGCAAUACGAGCUGGUUAAGUCGAGGACUUCAAAUGGCAAUUCUCCUUAUGGUUCGCAUGUCAUGCAAUAUGGUGAUGUGCCACUCAGCAAGGACAUGCUUUUCAUGUAUAUGGGUACGAAUCCAGCGAAUGAUAACUUCAGUUUUGUGGACCGGAAUGCCAUAAUACCACCUGUUAAAGCUGUUAACCAGCGAGAUGCUGAUCUUGUCCAUUUUUGGGAUAAGUACCGGAAGGCCCCCGAAGGAUCAAUGAGGAAGAUUGAAGCCGAGAAGCAGGUUAUGGAGGCCAUGUCACACAGAAUGCAUGUAGACAACAGCAUGAAACUCAUUGCAAAACUCCUAUUUGGAAUCAACAAGGGAACAGAGGUGCUCACCGCUGUUCGCCCUGCUGGCCAGCCCCUUGUAGAUGACUGGAACUGCCUUAAAACACUGGUACGGACCUUUGAGACGUAUUGUGGCUCGCUUUCCCAGUAUGGAAUGAAACACAUGAGGUCUGUAGCAAAUAUGUGCAAUGCUGGAAUUGGGAAAGAUCAGAUGAACGAGGCUGCGAGCCAGGCCUGUGUAACCUUUCCUACUAGCCCCUGGAGCUCCCUUCAGAAGGGGUUCAGUGCAUAAGUAACCAGGGGAUUUGAAUGUGAUGAUUUGGUCGACUCUUGGGCAUAAACAGCUACUUGUGGCCAGCUAGAAAGAAGUCGGUUUGUCGGAAUGGGUUUGCUUGUGUGCUUUGCUCUCUCCUGUAAAUAAGAAAGAAGAGACCUCCUUUGUAUCCAGUAAUACUCUUACGGAUCUGUUGCUCCGUGUAAUGAAAGCAUCUUAAAGAUGUACAAUUGCAUUGUAAUUAAAACUGCACUCUGCUAUCUAUCUUCAUGGUAAACCGGUAUUCCACUUCAAAUUUGUUUUUGAAAACGAAUGGUUACUUUCAUUUGUGUACCAAAUGAGGUUACAACGUGCUUGAUGACGAUACACUUAACUUCGUCGUAAGUGAUGGAGCUAUUACUAACUGUAGAUUUUGCCGUUCAGUGUGCUUAACAAUUAUGAUUUAGUGGAGUGAAUGACAGAGAAACAAAGUUCGGAAAAAUAAUGAUGUCUUGAUGAUUGCUACUGUUAAUCAAUCGAGACAGAGAUAUUUCUUCGCAUCACUCUCUUGUGGGAAGCUAUCUAGGUAGUUGCUGUUCUUGCAGAAGGACGAAACUGCCAUUAGAGUUGCUGUUGCUGCUGCUACUGCAGAAGUUGAUGAUAAACAUGAAAACCUGAAACAUUAUUCAAGUCCAAGAAGUUGAAACAGAAGCUUCCGAAGGUAUGCUCAAAACUGGCUUUCUUGAGCCAAAUUAUGAUUGCAUCAUGUCAAUGUCAUCUACUAGUUAGCCAAGUAGCAACUUCCAUGGUCGACCAUCCGCUGAUAAGAACUCAGAUCAAUCAUCAUCUGGUUUCCAGCACAGCAGCAACACCACACACCUCCGGAUAAUGUACAGCUUCGUUCUCUUCUCCUUCGCAAUCAUCCUCCAUCGCCUCCUGCCUCCGACACCGUCAGCGUUGAGUACUCUAACCUUCAUCACAGAAAGUGGCGAUUGCACGACGUAUGCCCUGAUCCCUUUCAUCCAAGGAAGAUGAGUAGUAGUGGUGGUGAUGAAAGAUGGCAUGCAUCAUUCUUAUCAGCUUAAUAUAUAGUCACACACUCACCACAUACAAAUACAGAGUGGUAUAGGUUAG